UUUGUUUGCGCAGCGUGCAAGUUCUCGAAGCUCUGUCGCGAAAUGAGUGCCACGCCCACAAAGCAAACAGCGCGCAUUGUUAUCAUAGGCGCGGGCGCUGCGGGAAUUGCGGCGGCAACGCGUUUGCUUGCGCAAGGUUUCAAGCAAGUUUGCAUAUUGGAGGCGGAGAAUCGCAUAGGCGGACGCAUUAAUACAGUUGCAUUUGGUGAUAGUGUCGUCGACAAGGGCGCACAGUGGUGCCAUGGCGAGGAGGGAAAUGUGGUGUACGAGCUGGUGAAGCAGACAAAGCUGCUGGACAGAACGGGCGAUGUGUUGAAAGCGGUGAAAUUUGUGCGUUCGAAUAGGCAAAUACUGGAAGAUGAAGUCGCCUAUGUGCUGGGCUCAGCCAUAGAGAGCGCUUGGCCUACAGGGCCAGAGGAAACAAACGGCUCGCUGGGUGAUCAUGUGAGUGUUAACUAUUGGCGUGGGCUGGAGCAAGCGCCGCCUGUGGAUCGGGAAAUAGCCACUGAGCUGCUGGAGUCCAUGAAGAAGCUGCGCUGCUCCUACACAGCCUCCGAUCAUUUGUUUAUGGUGUCCAAGCGUGCGCACUUGGAGUUUCAUAACUGUCCAGGCGAGUUUAUGUGGAACUGGCAGGACAAAGGCUACAGGACAAUACUCAAAACGCUAAUGCAGGCAAAGCUUAGCGAGCCUGAGCACUUGGGUGUGCUGCAGGACAAAAUACAGUUAGCUAAACCCUUAGCGGAGAUUGAUUAUACGCAGCCUAAGCUUGUCAAGCUGCGCUGCUGGAAUGGUGAACUCAUUACCGCUGACCAUGUCAUCUGCACGGUGUCCUUGGGCGUCUUGAAGGCGCAACACGAACAACUUUUCAAGCCUGCGCUGCCCGCAGCCAAAGUGCGCGCCAUUAAGGGCUUACAUUUGGGCACAGUUAACAAAUUUUUCUUGGAGUACGAGUCACAGCCCUUGCCAGACGAUUGGGUAGGCGCCAAUUUUCUAUGGCUAACCGAAGAUUUGGCUGAGCUGCGUGGCAGCGAACGCUUUUGGCUUGAGAGCGUGUUUGGUUUUCAUCGCGUGCUGCAUCAGCCACGCCUACUGCAAGCUUGGAUUAUAGGCGAACAUGCGCGCCAUAUGGAAACACUCAGCGAGCAAGAAGUGCUCGAUGGCUUGCAGUGGCUAUUCCGCAAAUUCUUGCCAUUCAACAUGCCACAGCCGCAGGCAUUUAUACGCACACAAUGGCACUCGAAUCCCAAUUUUCGUGGCAGCUACAGCUCCCGCACCAACUACACCGACGAGCUGCGCACAGGUCCGUGGGACUUGGAGACACCGCUGCUGGACGAGGCGGGCAGGCCGCGUGUGCAAUUCGCUGGCGAGGCCACCAACAAGCACCACCACUCAUCUGUGCAUGGCGCCAUUGAAACCGGUUGGCGUGAGGCGGAUCGCUUGAAUCAAUAUUAUAAUGCCCGCAAUGCUCAAUGAGAAAGCGUGGCCAGCUAUACAAAAUUAAUAUGCUGUCAGCUUAAUUAUAAUUUGUAUUUGCUUAAAGCAGCGUUUUGGCUCUUAGCAGCUAAUAAAAUUCACUAA